AUGGAAGAAAAAAAUAACACAUCAUUUGUAUUUCAGAAUGGUGGUACAGACAAUCAAAAUGAUAACGUGACAGCAUUUGUCAAAGUGCCGCUAAGUUACCAAAUUUUCACAUCUUUUCUUCUCGGUACGCUCAUUCUAUGUGCCAUCUUUGGAAACGCGUGCGUAGUGGCUGCGAUUGCUUUGGAGAGAUCACUUCAGAACGUUGCGAACUAUCUUAUCGGAUCACUGGCCAUAACGGAUCUCAUGGUGUCGGUGCUUGUGUUGCCAAUGGCGGCUCUUCACCAAGUUUUAGACAAGUGGACACUUGGACAGGUAACUUGUGACAUUUUUAUCUCUUUAGAUGUUUUAUGUUGCACCUCAUCAAUAUUACACUUGUGCGCAAUAGCUUUGGAUAGAUACUGGGCUAUCACUGAUCCCAUAGACUACAUGAAAAAAAGGACUCUCAAACGCGCUGCUGUAUUGAUCAGCGUUACUUGGCUGGUGGGCUUUUCAAUAUCAAUUCCACCAAUGCUGAUCAUGAAGUCGCAACCCAAGAGUAAAGCAGAAGACAUGGCAAAUCCUGAGGCUUGUAUGAUAAGCCAUGAUCCCUGGUAUACCAUUUACUCAACUUUUUUCGCUUUUUAUAUACCACUUAUUCUCAUGCUGGUGCUAUAUGGACGCAUAUUCAAAGCGGCAAGGUUUCGAAUUCGUAAAACGGUCCGAAAAACAGAAAAAAAGAACGUGAAAUGUUUUACAGUGUCACCAGUGCUCUUCAAUAAGAAGACAAAAGGGGAGCUGAGUAAAAAUUGGAAGAGCAGCGUCGAACCAAAACCAACUUCGUGCAUAAAUGGCGCGAUCAAGCACACAGAAGAUGGUGAAUCUUUAGAGAUCAUUGAGGUUCACAGCAAUUCCAGAAACAACCUUCCUCUACCAAACACGCCACAGUCUGUUCCCGUCUUCGAAAACAGACACGAAAAGAACACCGAAGCAAAGAGGAAACUUGCACUGGCACGGGAACGCAAAACCGUUAAAACUCUUGGCAUUAUAAUGGGCACUUUUAUCUUAUGCUGGCUGCCUUUCUUUAUCAAAGCGCUCGUGAUGCCCUUUUGUCCAACCUGUGAAAUGCCCGUGUGGCUGAACGAUGUGAUUAAUUGGCUGGGGUAUUCGAAUUCAUUAUUGAAUCCCAUCAUAUACGCAUACUUCAACAAAGACUUUCAAAGUGCAUUCAAAAAAAUAAUUAAAUGUCAUUUUUGCAAAACCUGA